GUACUUCAGGAAGAGAUCCAGAGAGAGGAGCAGGCCAGCAGCAUCAUCUCCCACAUGAAGACAUCACGAAGCCUCCACAUCAUGUGCCACAUCCCAGUGUUCUGCUGGAUCACUGCUACAGUUCUGGAGGAGCUGCUGAGAAGCAGAGAGGGAGGAGAUCUGCCCAGAACCCUGACUGAGAUGUUCAUCCACCACCUGGUGGUUCAGACCAAAGUCAAGAAGGUCAAGUAUGAUGGAGGAGCUGAGACAGAUCCACACUGGAGUCCAGACAGCAGGAGGAUGAUUGAGUCUCUGGGAAAACUGGCUUUUGAGCAGCUGCAGAAAGGAAACCUGAUCUUCUAUGAGUCCGACCUGACAGAGUGUGGCAUCGAUAUGAGAGCAGCCUCAAAGUACUCAGGAGUGUUCACACAGAUCUUUAAAGAGGAGAGAGGACUGUACCAAGACAAGGUGUUCUGCUUUGUCCAUCUGAGCGUUCAGGAGUUUCUGGCUGCUCUUCAUGUCCAUCAGACCUUCAUCAACUCUGGAAUCAACCUGCUGGAAGAACAACAACAAACAACAUCUCGUUGGUCUGAAUUGUUCCAAAGUUAUUCAACAUGUUUCUACCAGAGAGCUGUGGACGAGGCCUUGCAGAGUCCAAAUGGACACCUGGACUUGUUCCUGCGCUUCCUCCUGGGUCUGUCACUGCCGACCAAUCAGAAUCUCCUACGAGGCCUGCUGACACAGACAGGAAGUCUCUCACAGACCAGUCAGAAAACAGUGGAGUACAUCAAGAAGAAGAUCAGUAAGAACGUGUCUGCAGAGAGAAGCAUCAAUCUGUUCCACUGUCUGAAUGAACUGAAGGAUGUUUCUCUAGUGGAGGAGGUCCAACAGUCCCUGAGAUCAGGACGUCUGUCCACAGAUAAACUGUCUCCUGCUCAGUGGUCAGCUCUGGUCUUCAUCUUACUGUCAUCAGGAGAACAUCUGGACGUGUUUGACCUGAAGAAAUACUCUGCUUCAGAGGAGGUUCUUCUGAGGCUGCUGCCAGUGGUCAAAGCCUCCAGGAAAGUUCUACUGAGUGGCUGUAAUCUGUCAGAGAGAAGCUGUGGAGCUCUGUCCUCAGUCCUCAGCUCCCAGUCCUCCAGUGUGACAGAGCUGGACCUGACUAACAACAACCUGAAGGAUUCAGGAGUGAAGCAUCUUUGUGAUGGACUGGAGAGUCCACACUGUAAACUGGAAGCUCUCAGACUGAGUGACUGUAAUCUGUCAGAGAGAAGCUGUGGAGCUCUGUCCUCAGUCCUCAGCUCCCAGUCCUCCAGUGUGACAGAGCUGGACCUGACUAACAACAACCUGCAGGAUUCAGGAGUGGAGAGUCUUUCUGCUGGACUGGAGAGUCCACACUGUAAACUGGAAGCUCUCAGACUGAGUGGCUGUAAUCUGUCAGAGAGAAGCUGUGGAGCUCUGUCCUCAGUCCUCAGCUCCCAGUCCUCCAGUGUGACAGAGCUGGACCUGACUAACAACAACCUGCAGGAUUCAGGAGUGGAGAGUCUUUCUGCUGGACUGAAGAGUCCACACUGUAAACUGGAAGCUCUCAGACUGAGUGGCUGUAAUCUGUCAGAGAGAAGCUGUGGAGCUCUGUCCUCAGUCCUCAGCUCCCAGUCCUCCAGUGUGACAGAGCUGGACCUGACUAACAACAACCUGCAGGAUUCAGGAGUGGAGAGUCUUUCUGCUGGACUGGAGAGUCCACACUGUAAACUGGAAGCUCUCAGGCUGUCAGGCUGUCUGGUCACAGAGGAAGGCUGUGCUUCUCUGGCCUCAGCUCUGAGCUUCAAGACCUCAAAUGUGAGAGAGCUGGACCUGAGCUACAACCAUCCAGGAGACUCAGGAGAGAAGAUGCUGAGAGCUAAAGUGGAGGAUCCACACUGUAGACUGGAAACUCUCAGGGUGACGCCUGCUGGAGUCCGAUGGUUGACACCAGGUCUGAGGAAGUAUUCCUGUCAACUCACAGUCGACACAAACACAGUAAACAGAAAACUCAAACUGUCUGACAACAACAGGAAGGUGACAUUAGUGGAGGAGGAGGAUCAGUCGUAUCCUGAUCAUCCAGACAGGUUUGACUUCUGGCCUCAGCUGCUGUGUAGAACUGGUCUGACUGGUCGCUGUUACUGGGAGAUGGAGUGGAGAGGAGGGGUUGAAAUAUCAGUGAGUUACAGAGGAAUCAGAAGGAAAGGAGGCAGUGACUGUGUGUUUGGACGUAAUGAUCAGUCCUGGAGUCUGCUCUGCUCUGAUGAUGGUUACUCUGUCAUUCACAAUAACAGAAAAACAUCCAUCAGGUCCUCCUCAGUCUCUCACAGAGUUUCAGUUUAUGUGGACGUUCCUGCUGGAACUCUGUCCUUCUACAGAGUCUCCUCUGACUCUCUGAUCCUCCUCCACACCUUCAACACCACAUUCACUGAAACUCUCUAUCCUGGAUUUGGGUUCUACUGGUUCUAUUCUGGUUCCUCAGUGUUUCUGUGCUGAAUUCAGUCUCCAGAGUCUCCUCCUGUCAGAGAAACAGUGUUGAACAGAUCGUUGAGUCUCUCCAUGACUCUGUCCCUCACAAACAUGUUUUCACAUUCAUGGAUUAAAUCUAAUCUUCUUCCUCUUCAAAGAUGAAGUUGUGAUUCUUCCAGGAGCCAAAUGUGGUGUUUGCGUCUUUUUCCAGUCAAAUGUUGAGAGUGAAAAUCAGGAUGUGGUGUUCCUCUGACGCUCACUUGAACUAAAAGCAUUUGAGCUGCACAAAGUGUGAAAUGAGAGAGGAAGCAGUGAAUCUACAAACUGCUGACAGACUUUCACACAUUAUUGUCCAGAGAAAAUCAGGUUUUUGUGUGCAAACAACUGUGCAAACUCUGUUUUAUAAUCUAAUAUUGUUAUUGUAUUCAUUUGUUCCUUUUUCUUUUUAGAACAAACAGACAUUUAAAAUCUUUUCCUGUAAAAACAUCUGAUGAUUAUUUAGCUCACAGAGUUUUAAAACCUUCACAAAGCAAACAGAAAUCACACAAACAUCCAGUUAACACGACGUGUUUUCAUCUGAAUAUUCUUUCUAUUCAGACAUUCUAGUUUCUUUUAUGCGCUUUAGUCUUGAAGCAAUGAGGACAAACCUACAUUAUUAUUAAAUCUCUCUUUUUAUCCAACAGGAAAUCUAAAUUCUUCCACAUAUUUUAGACUUUCUCUGUGAAAACAAGACAAAAGAAGCUGCAGAACUACAGAAAUAUGAAUGUAAAAGCUGAAUCAGUCUGAAAACUAAACACAAAACUAAUCUGCAGCGUUUAGUUCUGAUAAAUAAUCAGUUUUUUACAGAUUUCUGGUGCUUGGUGGACUGAAGGAACGGCGCCUCCUGCUGGAGUCUCAGCAACAAGAAUUAAAUCACAUGUUCUGAAAAUGAGUGAAAUGAUUCUUAGUUUGAACAGGAAUAGAAUAAAAGAGCAGGAUUUCAUGUUUUUUCUCAGUGUGUCGACCUCUUCUACCAACAAAAAUCACAUUAAAACAUGAGAGAAGCAGUUUUUGUGUUUAAAAUUCAUAAAUAUUUUGAAGAGAAGGUUCUGAAUAAACUGUGGUUAGAAGAAACAUUUUAGCCGCUAACGUCCACGAUAUUAAAGAUUACAAACAUCUGCAUCACCUGUAAUGUUAACAAACACACAGAUCAAUAUUUACAUAUAUAUUAGAGAUGUUAAAUAUUUAUCUCUAUAUACCGACCAGCCCCCCCCCCCCCUGCCUACCAUCCUGCCCUUGGAAUGAAUAGUUUUGUUGAGCAGCCUUUGAACUGAUCUCUGGUCUGUUCUGAUGUUGGACUUGUUUGUUCCUCAGAGCUGCAUCAGACUGUUCUGGACACUUUGUCUUGUCCUGUUAGUUCACUUCCUCCUGUUUCAUCAGUUUCUUUGUUCAGUUUAUCCAGUUUCAGGUUGUUUUUUUCUAUGUUUCCUCUUUUGAACUUAGUUGUUUGUUUUUGCAGUCGCAGCAGUUUUGUUUGUUUCUGGAAUGAGUUUGGUUUAUUUUCUCCUCAGUCCAGUUUGAACAUUUCUGUAUUGAUUUAGUUCCUGCUUUGUUUAAUAAAGUCCUUUUGAAUCCUC